AUGGGGACGAUUCCAACGAUUAAAAUUCCACUAGAAUCGUUUACAAAUGGUGGGGACGACAUCACAGGGCGAAUCAUGGUGAUCGGGGGCCAAAUCAAGGCACCAUUAGAGGUGCCAUUGUUGAGAAUGUUGAUAAAUUGUUUGGGAAAAAAAGCAGAAAAACGUAAUAAAUGGGAAUCAUUCAAAGAUGAUGUUGAAUUGGGUAACUCUGUUUACCCUUUGGUUCUUGUUCAAGUUCCAAUGUUUAAUGAAAGAGAGGUUUAUCAGCUUUCUAUUGGAGCUGCAUGUGGGCACAACUGA